AUGAUUACAUUUACUCCGUUGACCGGCGGGGCGGCUACGACACGUACAACACCACUAUGCUAUAUUCUGCAAAUUGACGAUGUUCGAAUUCUGCUAGACUGUGGUGCACCAGACUGGCACCCCGAGCCUUCAACUGAGACGAGCAGUACACCAGGAGAGAGCCAGCAGGUAGAGCCUCAUUGGGUGCGCUAUUGUGAACAACUGGCUGUCCAGGCCCCAACAGUUGAUCUGGUUCUACUAUCUCAUGCAGAUGUAGCUCAUGUUGGGCUCUUUCCGUAUGCUCACGCAAAGUAUGGUCUCCGCGCACCCGCCUAUGCAUCUCUGCCUGUUCAAGCAAUGGGUCGUAUGGCCGUGCUUGACAACAUCGAGAGCAUUCGGUCAGAAGAACCCGUCGACGAUCCUGCCAACUCGGAUACUGGCUUGGAUAUUGCUCUCCCAACCUUUGGGCUCACACCUGACCCCUCCAAACAGAGGAAAAUUGCUUCAAUCAAGGAGACCAACGAUGCCUUUGACUCGUUGCACGCUUUGCGGUACUCCCAGCCAGCACAUCUACAAGGUAAAUGUCAAGGCAUAACAAUUACUCCAUUUUCGGCUGGUCACACGAUUGGAGGUACCAUAUGGAAGAUUCGUUCACCAUCGGCAGGCACUGUAGUUUAUGCGGUCAACCUCAAUCACACCAAAGAGCGCCAUUUGGAUGGCACUGUUUUGCUCAAAGGCGGGGCUGGGGGUGGUGUGCUCGAAUCUUUGAGUCGACCAGACCUUUUAAUCACCGAUGCCGAGCGCACUCUUGUGGUGAGCGCCAGGCGAAAAGAUCGUGAUGCAGCACUCCUAGAUGCCGUUACCAAUGUGCUUCAGUCUGGCCAUUCUGUGUUAAUGCCUUGCGAUGCAUCUACACGUAUCCUGGAGCUGCUAGUCCUUUUCGACCAGCAUUGGUCCUUUUCUAAAUUGCGUGCACCACUAUGUCUAGUUAGCCGCACGGCAAACGACAUGUUAACGUUGGUGCGAAGUAUGAUGGAAUGGUUUGGUGGAACCGUUACGAAAGAAGAGGCGUUUGAUGCGGGAAAUAACAAAAAACGAAAGCGUAACCAGGAAGGCGAAGACGAUGCUCUUGGUACACUCGCACUCCGAUUCAAGCAUCUGGAAAUAUUUCCGUCUCCGGACGCGUUGGUCUCGCGCUAUCCUUCUUCGAUGCCCAAGCUCCUCCUGGUUGUUCCAGCCACACUGUCUCACGGUAACUCUCGUCGAAUAUUUGCCGAGUUUGCGUCUGUUCCUGGUAAUGCUGUUAUUCUAUCAACGCCCAGCGAACCCGGUACACUGGCCAACACACUUUUCAACGAAUGGAAUUUGGAGCUAGAACAGUACCUCGAAAAGGAGCGCGCGGCAAAAGAGCGUCAAGCCACCCAACGAGCUGCUCUCGCGCGAAGUCAACGCCUGCUCGAAGCAGACGAAGCCGAUUCAGAUUCGAGCAACAGCGAAGCAGAUGAAGAAGAAGUCGAAGAUGCGCUGGGCGACGACAUGGAUACUGGCGUUCCCGAAGGAGACGAAUCAGCCAAGCAGCUUUCGUUUGAUAUUUUCUUAAAGGGAAACGUAUCUAGGGCCGCCUCGUUCUUCAAGACCGCGGGUCAGGCUUCGAGGUUCCGAAUGUUCCCACAUAUCGAACGAAAGAGGCGCGUGGACGAGUACGGUGAAACUAUCGAUGUGGCUGCGUGGUUGAGAAAAGACCGGGCGUUGGCUGUGGCUGUCGAGGCCGAAGAGGCCCGUGAGGCCCAGCAAAAGAAGCAGGAAGAGGAAGAGAAAAGUAAAACACCAGCUGAGCCACCCUCGAAAUUCAUUGUUGAAACCAUUGAAGUGCAACUCCGUUGUAAACUAUUGUUUGUCGAUAUGGACGGUCUCAAUGAUGGGCGCUCUGUCAAAACCAUUAUUCCGCAAGUUAACCCCAGGAAAAUGAUCAUCGUUCACUCACACCGCGAAGCUACAGAUGCACUUAAAGAGAGUUGCUUGUCCAUCAAAGCAAUGACACGAGACAUCCAUGCGCCUGAUGUGGGGGAUGUUGUUCAGAUUGGUCAACAGACCAACGUGUUUACGGUUGCGCUUAGCGACGAGCUCAUUGCAUCUGUCAAAAUGUCCCGAUUUGAAGAUAACGAAAUCGGGUUUGUGCACGGUCGGGUGACUGGGAAUGCCAAUUCUACAGUUUCGGUUCUCGAGCCUACAAUGCCUGUUUCAUCUAGUGGAGAUGCGGAAAAUAUACCAGCGUCUGAUGUUCGCCCGGUAUUGUCACUGCCUUGGUCUACCAUGAUCGGUGACCUCAGGCUCACCGCACUCAAAACACGACUUGGAGUUUUAGGAAUUGCCGCAGAGUUUAUUGGAGAGGGUGUUUUAGUGUGUGGUACUCGAACAUCGGGAACUCUGGACGACGUGGUAGCUGUUCGCAAGACGGCGCGAGGUCAAGUAGUAGUGGAGGGGUCCAUCAGUGAUGUAUAUUAUACCGUCCGGCGCGAGGUGUAUGACCUUCAUGCACUCGUUGCGGCUUGA